AUGCAAUCCGCGCCGACUUUGCCUCGGACCACUUCGACCUCGCUCUCCAUGGUCCUGCCCAAUGUCCUCGAAAUCAUCCGAUUCAACAACGACAUCCUCCACCGUGACCCAAGUCCUCUCGUCGUCUACCAUUGCCGCAAAAGAAUUCUGGCCCUUGCGCCCCCCGGUCCUAUACUCGGCCAAAUGCAAACACGUGCAAACUUGAUACCCAACCCCCAGGAGCAGCACCUUUGCGCUGCACUCUUCCAGCCUCGCCAACGGGCUCUUCUCCCCCAUCAUGCAGUCGCACGCGUGUCCUGCGGCGACGUACUCGGCCCUGGCGCCGAUAGCAGCAAACGACCAGACAUCUGCGGAUGCCCUCCCUGA